AUGGACAUCCUACUUCGCGAAAGCUCAUUCGGACGGUUACUCAAUUUUAUAACAAAUGGCCGGACGCUCCCACAUCGUGAUCUCGAUAUUCCAAAGCAUGAAGAAACCACGGGUUCAAGCUCUGCUACUUGCCCUGGCGCGGCUCGCUACAUAUUGGUCGAUUUCAACGGACCGGAGGAUCCGGAUAUACCCAGAAACUGGCCAACAUUAGCCAAGACGGUCGUAAUGGUGGAUGUUAUGCUGCUCAACUUCAGCUUUUAUGCGGCGUCGGCAAUCUUCACACCAAGCAUUCCGGGGAUUGAAGAGGCCUUUGGCGCUACCACUGCAGAGGGCACACUGGGACUCUCCCUUUUUGUUAUUGCGUAUGGCAUUGGGCCACUCAUUCUUUCACCAGUAUCGAACCUGCCGUCUAUCGGACGUACACCAGUUUAUGUGCUCGGUUCUUUUGCUUUUUGUUUGUUUAAUAUCGGCACUGCACUAGCAAAGAAUCUACAUACUAUUCUCAUAUUGAGAUUUUUUGGUGGGUUAAUUGGCAGUGCACCGAUUAGUGUAGGCGGUGCUACGCUGAUGGAGGUAUAUGGACCCACCGAAAUUCCGUAUGCCAUUGCAUUGUACGCAGUCAGCGGAGUAUGUGGGCCCAUUUUGGGACCGAUUCUUGGUACGCUGGUAAUAGAGCGCUGGGAGACAUGGACUGCAACCCUAUGGCUUCUUUCCGGCGUCACAGCUUUCACGACCGUGUUUAUUUUCUUCCUCCUGCCUGAGACCUUGUAUUCGAAUAUCCUUCUUCGUCGAGCCCGGCAACUCCGUAAUCAGACAGGAAAUCCUUUUUACCAAAGCCAAGCGGACAUCGACACGCCGGAGUCUAACCUUGCCAUGCGCAUAGUAAAGCAGACAAUAGAUGAUUUCAAACUUUCUUGCAUGGACCCGGUCAUUCUGUUUGUUAACAUGCACACUAUGCUGAUAUACGGGAUACUGUAUUUAUGGUUCGAGCUUUUCCCAUUUGUCUUUGACGGAAUCUACCACUUUACCGCAAUACAACAAGGCCUUGCAUUCUUUGGUAUUCUUGCCGGCGCAGGUGUGUCUGUCGUUGCAUACGUUGUGUGGCUAUAUUUCUCCUACCAGCCACGAGUUGCGAAACCAGAAGCCAUUGUUGAGCCCGAAGCCCGCCUUGUCCCUGGACAAGUCGGGGCCAUCUGUAUCCCAAUUUGCCUCUUUAUCUUUGCAUGGACCUCUCGUGAAAGGCAAGUCCACCAUGGCAAGCGCCUCUCAGACCAGAUACUAAUUAACCAUAACAGCAUACACUGGAUUGUCCCUAUCAUCGGCACAGCCUUCUUCGCACCGGGAUUCUAUCUCACCUUCCAAUCUAUUCUUAAUUACCUGGGAGAGUCUUAUCCAAGAUAUGUGGCAAGCGUAUUCGCCGGCAACACAUUCUUCCGAAGUUCAUUCGGCGGAGCGUUGCCUUUAGCCGCUCCGAGGAUGUUACAGUCACUGGGCAUUGGAUGGGCAUCGAGUACGCUAGGAUUUAUAUCCAUUGCCAUGGUUCCUCUACCAUUUAUUCUGGAACGCUACGGUAAAAGACUCCGGUCCUGGAGCAAGUACGCGAACUAG